AUGAAUUCGACAGAACCCUCGGCAACGGGAAUGAAUUCGCCUACGGCUGGCUACAUAGCCAUCGUAAUUGCUGCUAUCGGUUUCGGAACCAAUUAUCUGCCCGUAAAAAAGUUCAAGAUGGGUGAUGGUAUGUUGCCUUUCUGUCCUUGAGCGUAAUGUCACAUUAGUCAUUUGCAUAAAAUCGGACAUAAAUUUAUAAUCACUGCUGUUUGAACAAGCUGUUUUGCACCAUUUUGGGUUGAGUAACUUGCUGAACUAACAAAAAAUUCAUCUUAUCCGAGACUGCGCUCCAUUGGUCUACCUGCCUGAAAUGCCCAAGGAACAAAUUAGUCAAUUCCAUACGUAGUCUUGCUUGGAAAAAUCAAAAGGAAACAGAAAACAGUUUCUCCUCGGCAUCUGCAAAGGUGUUAUACCGCACUCUCGCAAAUGUACUAGCUAAAGGCCUAACUAGUUCCUAUGUUGGGAGUACGGCAUAACACCUUUGCCAUACAGAUUUUAUACUACUUGUACUACUAUUCUUUUGUAGAAAGGACGUCACGUGGCUACUCCACAGUAGUCGAUCGUUUUUAACUCAAAUGCUCUUUUUAAUUUUGGGCCCGACACUAUAAAGUCGUGUGCCGGACACUUAACUGCAUGUCUUGCAUUUAAUAGCCUCUGAAAUUAUUAACUCGAUCGGUGAGCAUCCCUCUGCCAUUAUAUAUGUACGGGAGACAAGUGCCCCGUGGGUGCGGAAUUUGUAACUGAGGCAGUUACCUUGACAUUUAAAAUUAUUUCACAUGCGGAGAUGUAGUAGGUAAAUAUGCCACACACACUUCACGUGUCGUACCCUUUUACCCUAAGAUAUAUUUACCAAAACCUCUGCCAAACUCACGGUUUGUGCACUACACCGAAGUAAAUUUUUUGCAGAAAACCAAUUCUUGCAUAAGAAAAAGACUUUAGUCUACGUUUUAUCUUUUUCAAAAACUCGUCAAAACAAUACCACACUUACUUUCGCAAAACGCACGAUACAGUUUUUCCAUUAGGGCGGACUUGGCGUUCAAAGGGAGCCUUGUAUUCACAAAGUGAUUCCCACUCGCAAAACGAGUAACGGGUUUUCCAACGCGAAUGUCUCUAUAUUCCUUAAAAGGUUUACUUAUCCGAAGUAAAAGUUAGGGUUGCUUAUAUAUCCAAAAUAAAAGAGAGAGACGUGUGUGGAUACGUAUGCGUUUGCUCCUGAAAAUCUGCCACAAUGAAUGUAAAAUGCCAUUUUGUUGAGCGCUGACAAAAAAGUAAAUUUGUGUUUUUUGCCUAUUUGUGAGCUUGAUGAGAAUUAAUUAGUCUGUCGUGACGGCAUUUAUGCAACAGGAAACGUCCAGUUUGAGACUUUUAAUCAGCAUUUUUGAAAUUGCAUACAGUUGAACCAUUUAAAUCUAAAAGACCAAAAUUUCAUCCGUUGCAACACAUACAGCUCAGUUCAAUCCCUACUAGUGAUUGAGCGAAAAUAUUUUAAACAUUCACUCGAUCGUGCUGGACGGCCGUAAUCACUCGAAGCUAACUCACAUGAAAUAAAAGCCCAGGAAAAUAGCUCUUACACUCGAAAUUGUUGUUCCGGCUUAACCAAAUCAACUAGUUUUGCAAAAACGAAAAAACGCUCGAUUACUUCGUUAAGUCACCCAAGAAGAAAUAACACCUUCUUGAAAUUUUGUGUUCAAAAGCAGUUUUUAAAAUCGAAAAUUCUAAUUUGCAAAGAGUUUUAACAUGCACUGUAAAGGACUACAUCCUUUUUCGCAAGUUGCUUGAGUCUGUACAAACAGUAUGCAAAUGCUUUUUAUUAAAUUAGGAUAGUUUGAAAGGCUAGGAUUCCAAGGUCGAGGUCGCAAACGCCAGCAAAUGAUUAGCUUACUCGGGUCAAAAUGUCAAGUGCGAAGAAUGAAAUUGGGAUGUUGCUGGGUGAUGACAGCAGACAACCCGAAGAUGGCCAUUUCAAUGCUGACCCCCAGUUAUCGCAGUGGUGAACUGUAAACCCUAGGCUCAAAGGUUGAGCGUAUUUGGUUAAGAAACGUACGCCAGCUAGGUCCGUGUACGAGACUUCAGCAUGAUAACUUCAAUUUUCCGGAGUCGCAAUCAUAAUUAGGUAAUGUUCUACAGAAAAUCGUACGCUAGGGAAUUCCAGUGAAUAUAUAGUUGACUUCUAUGACUAUUGCUUGUGAGUUUCUCAGUGCCGAAAAGGAACAGCCUGUUUUCUUUGGACAUGUAUGAACCUGCUACUUCACAUAAUUACCGACGUGGUUCUUGUUCUAGCAUAUGCGUCAUUCCUAAAAUGGAUCAAUCUAGAGUGAUUUCCUGAAAUUCAUCUCUCCAAAUUCUGUAAAAACCUUAGCUCGCUGUGCAUUUUCUGCCCGAAACCAGUAAAUAUUGUUGCGCCCUUGGUUUAGGCAUGUUCUUCCAGUGGAUCAUGUGCAACGCCAUCCUUCUUGUGGGUCUCAUUGUCAAUUGUGCUGUUGGAUGUCCAAAGUUCUAUCCUCUUGCAAUGCUCGGCGGUGCCCUAUGGGGGACAGGUAUGAGUCGUGGAUUAACAUGUCUUUAAUUUUAUGCGCCAGAAUUCCGUUAUACGCCAACUCUCGUAGUAAAUGGAGUUUUCUGCUCUAGAUGCAAUUCUAGGCAGAAUAGCAAUCCACCGCUAGUUUAAACACAAAAAAUAAGUUUUCAUCCUCAGGUGGAUAGUAAUUAACAGUUAGAUCAGUCAUCGGCGGAUAAAAUGCCUGGUCGACUUUCGUUACGUGAUCGCUGGAGGAAAAUUAUCAAGUCUGACUAACCGGCCGUCUAAGAAUUCCUCAAUUAGUAUUUACCAACAAUAUCCUCUUGAUAUAAGGCCGCCAGCCUUGUUUUAAUUGACAUCGUGGACAAAAAUAAUUUUGAAUAAUAAGUCAAAUGGAAAUAGACGCAGUAGGGCGCAUUUCGAGGGAAAAGAUUUUCUUGGUGAUGGAUUGUUUUUCUAAAAAAAUCCAUCUAAAUGCCUCAUACAAAAUAACGGACGUGUACAGAAUUCCUGUAACAAAUUCAAGAAGCUUUUUCUAAUACAUUUAUUUAAACGCAAACCAAAGCAUUUGCGGUCAUGUUUAAAGGCAAAAUCUGCCGCGAAAUGAACUGUUAAAUCAGCCCUUUAUGAAAUAUUCGGUUAGGGAGUUGAUUUCGAUGUAGUCUGCUAAGCUCGACACUUGCUUUCCAAAAAACCAGUAAACAAAAAUGGCCUAAUGAUUAUUUCAAUGAUGUUUCGGUAGAAUUUGAAUAAUUCAUAUCGACCCAACUGUGAAAAACUCGGCAUCUAGAUGGGAUUCGAACCCAUGACAGUAACGGAAAGGCUUUAAUACGGCCAACACUAUUACCACCUGAGCUACGAAACCUCGCCGAAUGAAGUGAGUUUAAUCACAUUUGAGUCAAGUUACCCGCCCAACCUACUGCAACGUCUGAAUCCACCAAAUCUGAUACAAUAAGUUGGCUGCCCAAGCAGGAUUUCCUAAUUAAUUCACCUAGAAUCCACCUGAUUACUACUAGGCUCACGUAAUUCAUAAUUCGCGUCGUCCUGCGGGGCCUCGUAGUUCAGAUGGUCAGGGCGUUGACUGUACGGAAGCCUCCCCCUUAUUGUCGAGGGCUCGAAUCCCAACGAGGUGCCGAGUUUUUCACAGUUGGGUCAAUCGAAGUAAUGAUUAUUUACUUAUUUCUUUUUCUGAACUAAUGGGUGUGGGUUUUAUUUCUGACUGGCAGGAAAUGCCCUGAUUGUGACGAUCAUCGAGGCUAUUGGUGUGGGAUUGGGUAUUCUCAUCUGGUCAAUGGCAAACAUGCUCUUCGGAUUUGCAAGCAGCCGGUAACCUUCCUCAAUAAACGUGACCAUUAAUAAUUUUAUGACUUUUUCCGUUUCUGCCUACUGGUAGUUUUCACUGGUCAUGAAGCGUAGUACUAGUCUGCAGCUGUAAGCAAGGUAAACUACCGGGAAGGUGAACAUAUGGCUUAGGAGACCUAGAAAAUGGCUCCUAUGUAAUGAGGUUAGACAAAUUAAUGGAAGUGGGCUCAUGGAAAGCUGCUUCUAUGGCUAUUUUCGAGUUUUCAAUAAGAAUCUAGCAUAGCACUGGGCACCAAUAAAGACAAAUCACUAUAACCGAGAAUGUGAGAAUUAGUGCGUUCAUCGGUAUCAUUCUUCCCCAGAAGAGUCAGUCAAGGAAAACAUGAACGAUAUAACAAGUGGACAAACACCAUACGCUUUUACUGUCCUUUGUCUUUUUCCGCAAUACCAUUGAGUCAGGGGAGAGUAUUAGUUAGUUGAUUGACCCGUCAAAAGACCGUUCAUCGGAAUUUGGACCCGACAUUGUCUUCUUUCGCUUAGGUUUGGUUGGUUCGGCAUUCCCUGCAAAAUCCCCUCAAAACCAGUGAUGAACUACAUCGGUGUGGGUAUUGCUCUCGGAAGGUGAGUAAGCGUUCUUUCAUUCUUUUUCCCAUGAUAAUUAUUUUAUUUCACUUUGCUCUACCAUCCAAUGCACCAUAUGAAACAGUGGACGAUCAGAGGGAAGCAAACCCAAAUCUCUAACUUUUCUGGCCGUUCAAUUAAGCAGGACCCCGAAAUGCAAAAAUGCUUCUUGAGAUAUGGUAUAGGCCAAAAAAAUUAAAGUUUGUAGGAAGUUAAUUGUUUUAACCACAUGGACGCUUUCUUCCUUCCGCUCAUUUGAUUGCAGAUAGAGACUUCUUCAAAUUCUAUACUUGCAGAAAGAAGGUCCUUCUGUUUUAGAAAACUCCCUCCAUUCCCGAAUAAUUGUGAACACAGCCUGUUGUCAUACUUGCAUCCAGGAUUUCGUACAAGGGGAAUCAGACAUUGUACAUGUUCAGAUUGGCAAAGUUGAGAGAUCCGGGAAGAUUAUUAGAAGAAGAAAAUAAGCUCUCCGGAACAGGCUUAUUUAACUGCUGACGUCUCAAAGAGCCGCGUCGGCUCUUCAUUGUCAAAGCGUAAAAUGCACUUAAUCGAUCAGAACCACACCGGACUUAGGAAGGCCCUACGGAGAAAGCCGGACGCUGGGUCUACUCGGUGAGGAAGAACAAGAACCGCCAGACCGACCGCCCGACAGACAUUCACUCAGCUCUCCUCGACGGAGUGGUGACCCACAAAGCACACAGGCAAAACGCCCGUCCACCAUCUCCCGAGAGGCUGAGGCUUCGAGAGGAGAGAAACACCGAUCAGCAUAAGGCCGACCAACACAAGAUGCCACUUUAAAUUAAACUUCUGAUCGAUUAAGUGCAUUUUACGCUUUGACAAUGAAGAGUUGACCCAGCUCUUUGAAACGUCAGCAGUUAAAUAAACCUGUUCCGGAGAGCCUAUUUUCUUCUUCUAAUUUUACAUGCCAUUACAAAGAGGACAUGUAGGGCUCAUCAGAUUUUUUAAUGGAUAUAGACCACGUUUUCCACUCCAUAAGCGGCAUUAGAAGUGUGCUGAUGCGAUGUUGUACGGCUGAGCAUUUCAUGUUCUUGAAAAAUCACACAAUUAAAAACUUUAUUAAACCGGAAGAAACUCCUUCCUCGAGUAUAAAAUUUCAAAAAGGAUAUUUGUCAGCAAAUGAGUAAAAGAAAAAAUAGUUUUGUGUGCGUUUAGUAUAAAAUAUAUUUAAAUUUGUAGGAGCGUAGAAGAUCAGUAGGGACAAUUCGCACUAAUUAAGUAGUCAUUUUUGCAAAAUGUAAUUUGCAGAGGUGGUUGAUAAGGCGCUCGUUCAAAAGUCGGAGUCCUGAUAUGACUGGAAUAUUUUAAUAGGUUGCGCCAUGUUAACUACAAUUACAAUACUACUUAAGUAAUCUUCCAGAAUUAAAAACGUAUUUCAGAAUUUAAGCAUACACUGCAUAAGAUGGCAUAUCUACUCUACUUGCCUCCUUAACUUACGAAUCUGUAGGAGUCGAAAUAACUGCUGUGUCGAUCUCGUCUAAUUAUGUCGUUAUCGCACUGUUUUUUAUUCGGUUGUCUUCUAGCCUGCAAAACGGUCACCUCUUUCUGAUCACUGCUGUCAUAUUUUGGAGCUUGUUUAGUCUGGGGAACCAAAUACUCUACCGUUGGUCAACAACGACGUGAAUAAAUGACCAAUCGAAUUUGGUCAGUACAAACGGAAGGGAGGCGGCACGGGUGGCGCUAGGGCUUGGCAAUUUUAAGGACCUGCCAGCCCAAAAGUGUGCACUGUUCACGCUGUAUUCGCGUGCAUAUGCCUGUUUCCGAUCACGGACGUGUUUACCGGUUGAAGCUGAGCGCAGCGUUCGUAUCCCGGUAACUGUCUCGAGUGGCGGCCGAAAACAAACAUGAGACCUUGUCCGGCUACUGCAGGCUCAGCGGCUGUCUCGAGACAGCUUCAGGCGUGUACAUUAUCUUCUAACCGCAAGUGUCCCCCACUUCGAGAAAGGCCAAUUUAACUUGCAUGUGAAGAUGGGUCACUGGGUGGAGGAGAAUGCGACCAUCACUGAGCAUCUUUCUUUUAAUAGACAGGUCGUCUUUGUCCCUUUCGUACAAGACACUUCUGCGAAAUUACAUUUCUAGUCUCUUGCUGACGAGGGGUUGUCUAUAACUGUUACGGGCGACUCAACCUGAUUCAAAUAGCGUUCUCUCUGCAUGUCGACAGUCAGGGUUUUUAAGUCACCAUAGGUAAUAAACACUGCUUGUCCGUAGCGGGGCAUGGGGCCAAAAAAAUAUGCCUCAAAACUGUCUGCUUACAUCUCCUGGUGAGCCGAUAGUAGUUUUCCGGGCGGUAUUAACUCUCGAAACACAGACAACACGCCUAAUGUCUGCCCCACUUUCAGCCCUUAGUCGGAAUGGCGUCACUCGCAUUGUUGGUCCUGAAAGCGCCUGCUCACCGCGACGGACUAGUCAAUCCUAUAAAUUCUGGCAUCUACACACUGCGAUAGCCAGCUGCAAAGACCUGAAUUCAAGCGCAACGGGGACUAUAGGCGGACUUACGCUUCGGUCAUGGGUACUCUGAUUAAGAUAGUAGGUGUAGAGAAAUUCGACUGAGGGGGGCGUGUUCUGUUGUCAUAGAAUUCGCAACAGCGGAUACCUACUGGCUAAAAGUCUAUGGAAGCUGUAUUUUUUAUCGGAGGAAAGACUACAAUUGCGGCAAAAAUAUUGGAGUAUAUAAAACUCUUGACUGGACCUCGCAGAAGAUAUACAAUGCUAGUUGCUAAAUGAGGGACUACAGUAGGCGAUCCACCGUAGGAAUUCUUAACUGCGAUGCUGAAAGGCGUUUUUGACCAGAAAGGGUUACUUAACUGAUGUUGUGAUAUUUCAGUCACGGCAGGUUGCUAGCUCUCAAAUGCAAUUUUCUGAGGUCACCUGCACCAAAUAAGUACACUGAGUGAAAGGUGGCUUCUUGGCUAACAGAAAUUUAUUCCCCUGACUGUCGAUACGCUUUUAAAUUAAAUUAAAUUUGGAUGGGAAAUAAGCACACAGGUCGUUUUCUGGCAUGUAUUUGCAUGCAAGACAAUCAUAUCUUCAAAUUUCACAUUCGCAGAAGGCACAGCUGUCGAUUUAAAGAGAAACCGAUGCUAAUUCGCAAAUGAUUGCAAACCAUACCUGUUUCUGUGGUUUUGAAACAACAAACUCUGUUCUUUUUAUGUAAAGAAAAUCACGCAUUUCUUUUUGGCAUUAAAGAAAUAUCAUACUAGGCUUAUGCAGUUUUGCAGCGGAUAUGAACGAUCCUAUACGAUCCUAUUGGAGUGCACAUCUCGCGAUCUCGAUAAUCUCAUUUCAGUAAAAUUUUCUAGACCAAAAGUUCCCAUUUCUGCGAGUAUAAAAUUCAAAAAUAUAAGUUUGCAUCAAAUGAGAAAAAUAAAGUUUAUUUGUGUACAUGUUUCCCAUCCAAUAUCGUUCAGUUUGUAAGAUCAUCGCAAAUCCCCAUUAAUUAAAUAGUCGCUUUUUGCUAAAUGUGGGUUUUAAAGGCUUCCGGAAAGAAACGAAUUCGAAAGUUAUUACCCUGACAGGACUGAAGUAUGUUAAAAUUCGCUUGUAUAUAAUCAGUAUGACGAAACGUCAUAAGUACCCCCCUCUAAUCGGGAACAUCUAUGUCAUAAGAUUUUAGGCGUUCAUCUGUGCAUUGCCCUGAGAAAUCUAGUGGUAUGGAUAUGAAUAAAGAAACGACAUAAAAGGAGACCAUCAUUUCAUUCGCGGAAAUUGUGAUUCCUCUCAAUUUACCUAGAAACCUGAAAGGUUGGCAAUCCCUGGGAUUUGAUCCCGCCACCUGCUAUUUCGAAGCCCAACACCCUAACCAUCGAGCCAGUUGGUCGUUGUCCUAUCGGUUGCGAUCAGGUGUAUGUAACGGUAGGGGAGUGCGCACGCUUGUCUUUGUCGAUAAUGUCAUUUUACCCAUCUUACGCUCCAUUGUGAGGUAGCUGGAGGGGCCAAAGAGAGAGAGAGAGAGCGUAAAAACGCAACGGGACGAGUGAGUUACGUAGUAAGACCGGUUAGCGCCCCUUUUCCAUCGUACAUAUAUGCAUAUAUAUCAAGCGGAUAAUUUCAGAAAUUAUUCAGUGCAGAACAUGGUGUUAAGUCACCAAGACAUUACUUUUUUACGGUCAGACCUGAAGUUUCGGGAGUACGGUAUAACACGUUUGCUAAUGUAUAUAUAUAGAUAUAUCAAGAGAAUAACAUCAGAAAAUAUUCGCUUAAUUCUUCUUUGGAGUUCAUAUACGAGAAGACGCAUCGAAAACGCUGGAGAUCCACCGAGGAUCCGAGCCCUUCGUUUCAUGCAGCGGAAGAAUACCUGCGAAACACAUGUUCAGGCAUUUAGUUAGUACCUAUGUAGGGAGUGCGGUAUAAAAGCUUUGCCAUAUAUAUAUGCAUAGCCACCGAGAUGAAGCAUUGAACAUGACGCAUAUUUGUCGCUGAUCAUUACCAUCCCCAGUGUACGGGCACCAGAUUAACAUGCAUCCGUGUUCGCCCAAUGCCAAAAUCAGUCUGGCAAUGUGUACACCCUCAUCGUCUGUCUCCUUAACAAUGCUUGCAUUAGCACUCAAAAGUCCGAACUCGAUUACACAACCCUAGAAGGUUAUAAAGUGUUCCUGAGAGUCAGAAUGUUAAUUGAUGCUAUUUUCUGGUUUAUGUCACAUCGGAAUUCCAUCCUGUUGACGCUGAUCCCUUUCAGUGUCCUCAUUUACGCCGCCAUCAAGCCAAAUCAAAGCGGUGAGAAAGAAUCGGACCUCCCAAUGCGAGACAUGAUGAAUGAAAGUGCUGAAACUAUGAGCGAGAAAGAGCUGAAGAGCAAUAAAGGUUGUUCGCGAUUUUGCCAACCCGUCAGCAAAAUGCCAAUGAUUCAGCGAAGAAUCAUGUAAGAGUUGCAGUUUAAGACAUUUUUUCGAUCUGCCAAUGUUUGUGUGUUUUUAUUGUUCCAUCGAGAUACUUAACACUCGCAUGAUAGUUCGACCGUCGAGUCCGACGAUGUUUACCGUGUACUCCACAGAUAGGUGGAGCAGGCACGGUGACGUGCGCGUGAAUUAGUUUACAGAGAUAGUCGACUUGCACAGCAUCUACCGCACUCUCUCCUCCUCUCCCACCUGGACCCACUGUCAAGACAGAGUCAAGAGGACCGGAGGUGGUGGAGGGCGCGAGUAGAUGACACGGUUGAGCCCACAUCUUGGCGCUCCACCCCACACCCUCUGGUUCACACAGCAAAUAACCAGGUUUUUGAUCAACAACCACAAUGGGGGAUGGUAGGGGUCCCAGUGUGCGCAACGACUGCCGACAGCCGGGUCUGUCACCGAACCCUAAAGAUGCUGUCAUCUGUUAUGGUGCGCAGUUCGAUAACGCAUGCCAGAAUCGGAUAUGGCCCCCGUGUUGGUCCAGCGCAUCUACCACGUGCUCCGUUCGGGAGGCGCAACACUUACACUUCCCUACUCCAUUGGGAUACAAGAUAAACAAACAUACAGGCGCAAACGCACACAAUUCGACCAACACUCUCUCUUCACUCACUCUCCUGCGUCCAGUCAAGACGACAGGGGGCGGAUUCAGACGCAGUGACUGGCAAAAAUAAACGUUUCGUCUAAGCGCGUCAAACACGACCUGAUCCCACCCCCCAUAAUGUACCAGGCUCUCCCAGAGACAAGUGGUAGCCUAGAUGUUAUCGGAGUGGGAAGGCGGCCUAGAGCCCUACUCACCGUCCCGUAAGAACCAAGUUAUCCCAUCAGCUGGCAGUCUUCCAAGUCACGACAUUUAGCGUGUCAUCUUAAUUUUAAAGCGCGUUGACCUUUACAGUGGCAAGGAAUGGGCCGAAAGGGUUGUGGAGAUGGAGUCCGCAUAGUCCCCCUCACUCUCUCUUCCCUCUCACAUUCCCCAGCCCACCGUGCGAGCCGUUGGAAAUCUGAUGCUGGGACCAGGCGCAACUGCCCCCCCCCAACACACACAUACACGCACGACAGUUCGAACGUCGAUUCCGACAAUGUCCACCGCGUUCUACACAACUAGGUGCAGAAGGCAGGGUAACUUGCUCGUGAAAUAGUUUGUAGUGAUAGUAAACAUUACGAAUCAUUUACCUAUUUCUCCCUUCACCCACCUGAGUCCGGUGUCAAGACAGAGUCAAGGGGGCCAAAGGCGGGUGAACGGGCAGGCGGUUGGCACGGCCGGACCCCCACCUAGGCGUGCUACCAAACCCUCUGAUCCACAACAUACGCUUGAUCAGGAUUUUUCACCAACAGCAACGCCCCAAGAGGGGUCAGAAGGACGAGGAUGAUGACUGGGGAACCAUGCCCACCACCUGUAUACACAGCGGAAGCGCAAACGCAUCUACCGGCAGCGAACCAGGUGCCAGGGGACUGCCAGCGCAUAUCAGGCUGCGAGGACCAUGGUUUGCUGAUCCUCGCACGGCACAUGCUAUCAGACAUUUUGGCUGCAGAUAAAUUAUUGACAGAACACACGACUGUUACUGGUGCGGGAAGCUACCUAAAUGUCUGUGGUAGAACACCAAGUUUUCAGUUUUCUAAAGCGUGUUUAGAAUGCGCUCUAGAGGACCGCGCUUCUAUAUGAAAAAGGCAAUUUGAAGGGUAUUUUUUACGAAGGUGUGUCUGAUCUCACCGGCCUGAUAAAGUUGCAUACUCUUCCCAGGAGACAUUUAGCAGACCACGACAACAGCCAGUGACAUUAAGUGCAUCACAUGCUCUUAGAAAACUGUUUCACGUUUCAGCGGCAUCGUUCUAUCCAUUGGUGCUGGUGCGCUUUUCGGCAAUACCUUCGUUCCCACAAUUUACAUUCAGGGACGAUAUGAAAAUGCGAGUCAGCAGGGUAAGCGCUAUUUUGCCAAAACGCCUGACAAAUCUGUACUGUAGUUAUCUUAGCCUGUUUAAUGACUACCUCCUGACAGUCAGGAAAAAUAAAUUAUCUGCCGAGGGUUGUCGACUGAAAUUUGAUUGCAUUCAUCGACUGAAAAUGGCUCAAGCCUUCGUUUUCUCUGUUUAUUUUUUACUUACGGUUUAUAUUGGCGCGCGCGGUGUGGGUUUCGAUUAUUGAAUGCCUUCAUCAGAAAUUGCCACCGAAAAAUUACCAAACAUUUGGGGACUUUUUGGGCACCCCUUUUCGCAGAAGGCAAAAUAAUAUGAGGUAGUACCUUGCUAAUGGCCUAUCCAAAACAAACACAUUUUACGCAUUUUACGGGGAAUUACGUUUUGUUGAGGCCAAUUUUUAGGGAAAAAGACUGAGUGAAUCCAUGGGCGCUCCCCAGGCCGACAUCGCUUUCGGUUAUUGCGCAUACGGCUUUGAGCUUAAUGCAUGUAUAGUAAAAUAUCUAGAAGGUAGAUGAAGGUGGCCAUUUCUUUCAGCCGGCAUUAUUCAACUCCAGGUCCGCAGUCAACGAAAUUAAAAAAUCGUAUUCUUCCGCCAUCCUGCUUUAUUAGAUUCAACGCCUAUCCUUCUUCGUCGCCCCUUCCCCUGAUCCCUGACGGGACCGGACUAUGAUCAGCCCUGGUUUCUGACAUAUCCGGCCGCCCUUCAUUACCUCGCGCAACACUACUGCUCAUUGGAUAUUUUUCAACUAUCUCUGUUCUGCCCAGAGUUAAUUAUUUCACUGGGCAGAUCCGAUGGUUACUACUUGAGAACGCACGAUAAUCGACUUUGACUUAAGCGAAAACAAUUACUAUGGAGUUUUCAGGGAUAUCACAGCCCGAAUAGAAAUGGAACAUUAAGCACAUGCACAAACCUUUGUCCUAUUUAUAACUUGUUUGUUAGGUAGAUUAUACAUAAAUACAGUGGGCACAUAAAAAUAUUCUAUUUCGAGGAGAAACGUCUUACCACAAAGAGACCACAACAGCGCAAAAGAUGCUUAGAAUUACAGAGAAUAGUCUCUGUUCUGUUACUACGUUUCAUGAAAUCACUUAAGAUUACGUUCCAUGCCGAACAGCACUGAAACGCGACUUGAGUAUUGACAAUUGUGCCAAUGCUUAUUUGAAGACUCCGCUCAGCGUCCUACCUCUGCACUUUUCGGUUAGGUACACCAAUAGCAUCCACUUUUCUUUUAUUUUUAGGGCUUGAUUAUGUAUUUUCUAAUUUCGUUGGAAUUUGGACCGCCUCCACCGCAAUCUUCGUCAUCUACGCCUGUGCCAAGCGCAACCAACCCUGGAUACCCGCUCCCAGUGCCAUUUUGCCGGCACUUGUGAGUGGAGUCCUCUGGGCAGCCGCGCAGUCGGCCUGGUUUGUGGCCAAUGCUGCCCUAGGUGAACCCAUCACCUUCCCCAUCGUGACAACCGUGCCAGCUCUAAUUGCCACAAUCUGUGGCCUGAUAUUCUUCAAGGAGAUCACAGUGAGUUUGGCGAGUCAAAAUGCAUGCAUGAAGUUCAUAAAACUACCCAAUUCUGCGCAGUUUUAAUGAAUGCAUUCGAAUUCUCGUGGUUGGAUUCGUCGCCUACAAUUGUGCCUCUUCUAUAUAAAUUGAAUAAAUCUGAAUAAUCAAUAAACCCUAUCCAUUUUACGGAUAGAUUUUGAUUGCGAACGGAAACUUUCACAGAGGUUACUGGAAUAUUUUAGAUUGCAGGCAACGUCCGUUGAUCACCAAUCUAAUUAAUUGAACUAACUCUAGGAUCAUUUCUCGUUUUUUGGCAUGCUCCCACACAUUUUGACAUUUUAUUACUAGUUGUGCUUUCUGGGCGUCUGUUGCUGAUGUGAACUUUAGCUUUACAAGUUAGCGCUUCUUAGACGUUUCAAAACUCACUGCCGUUUUCGGAUAUGCGGUGUACUUGUCGCUUUUAACUGAUUAUCCGUAUCGCAUACUACUGAAACUUCAAAUACCUGCCAGUCCGGCUUGGUUUUGGUGGAUAAAGGACCGCUUUCUUUAAUCUCCGCCCCAAAAACUUUCUUUCUCUACAAGUCGACUGGAAAUAUUGGUCCAACUCUAUCCCCGAAAACGACUGCCACGUGCAUUUAAAAAAUGAACAAAUGAAAGUAGAACGAAUGCAUAAUAUUUCUGCAGUUACGACUGAUUUUUGAUUCGCACUUAGUUCAUAAGUCGUUCUUGGCCAUUUUAUAAAAAACCGAAAAAGAUUUUUCUGUUAAUAAAUGCGCUUAGCUUUCUUCCUUUACUCGAUUUAUACGUCCUAAGAGAGUUAAUGUGAAGACGUCGGAUCUUCUUAGACAUUAGAAGUGUUAUUAGGUAAACUGUGACAUACCGAUAGUUUGCAUGGUCAAACGUCAAUUUUGAGCACAAUAGGACUGGAUUUGCGAUGGGCGGUCAGAAUAACUAUAUUAUAACCGGAUCUGCGAUGUUUAUACAUAUAGAAGUAUAUAGUGGCGACAUUCACAAAUAAGAGGGAGACUGGAACGAUAAUAUUUGGAUUAUUGACCAUCAAGCCCUCAACUAUCCCCAGCCCAAGCUGAGCUGCACGAGUUCGUACCCGCACCCUGUCACCAUGUGUUGCAAUGACGAAACUGUGACUUAUUUCACUGGCAGAUUCGUCUAUCCUUCUACGCCUUCCCUUCCCCUGUCCCCUGACGGGCCCUCGUGGGCUCAAUGAUUAAGAUUCCGGACUCGGGUCCCAGUUGUUCGGAAGCUGAGGUGGGGUAAUGCUGGUUGAUUAAGACUAAUAAGCUACCACAAUCCCCGUUGUCUUUGUCAGUAUUUUAUCUUGUAUGCUUACAGGUUGCUUUGCGGUUGCCUUUGAAAGCCUUUGAUUGAGCUCCAAGGCACGAUGGGUUGGGCAUGUGUCGUAACCCCUGAUCGGCCAAAGUUCUCCCACUAAUAAAUAUACAUAUAUACUCCUGCAUCGAAAAUAUCAUCCCAAGAAAUUUAUUUAGAAAUAUAUCAAGUCCGUUAGGAUCAAAAUGAAGUUUAUUAUGCGUAUUUUCGAACGCUGUUUCUAAAAACAAUACUCACAGGGGAAAGUGAAUGAACAGGCACAUCUGGCCAAAUUCCUUUUAUAGAACUCACAAGGACAAGUGUAGAUUGAUGCAGACAAUGGAUGUCUCUUAGUUAAAACUCCAGCCAACCACAGUACUUUUGUUGGGCAGUGCUUAAGUGCAGUUAUUUUUAUACAUUUCGCAUCUGAUCAGCUGGAGAAUCAUUCUUCAAAAUAAGCAUAACAAUCUUUGCUGCUUUCGAAAAUAACUUGUUAUGUUUCUGACAUAUUCAUAAAUAUAUGUGGUAGUGGCACUUGCAGAGCCCCAAUAUAAUUGCCAGCUGGAACUCCAGAUGCGUAUACUGCCUUUGUUUCCGGUGGCUCUCCUAGUCGUCAACAAGACACUUAACUACAAAUUUUUCCAAUAAUGAUGAUAAUGGACUCAUCACGGUCUUUUAUAGAUAAUUUCGUGAUUGUUUAACGGAUAAAUAAUGCUAGUUACAACUAUAUUGACUGGCAUAAAUAACUCCGCCCAGAGGGAAACAAUGAUUUUAUGCCUGCUAAUAGGUGACGAUAAAAUAUAGUGCAAAGUAAAGCGCAUUAACGUCUAUUUCCUCGUAUUCUUUCAAGGGCCUUCGAAACUACAUUCUCCUCGGAUGCGCGUUUUGCGUAACUGCAGUCGGUGUUGCACUGAACGCUCUGUCUCGAUGA